AUUUUCUAUUAUAAAUGGAAUGAAUGUUCCUUGUAAUGACGAAUCUGCCACUGACAUUUGAACUCUUCAAACAUAAAAAAAAACGAACUUAAACAAAAUCUCAAGCUGACGGGUGAGAUUUUGUGGAACGGCCAUGUCCAACCUUAACCAUCAGCAAUGUGCUCAGGAUAAUUUCUGCAGCGUGGAAAAUAUAAAUAAGCGACAUGAGGGCAGUCUUAAAUUUCUCACAACUCAGGCAAAUAUCUUAGAUGAAACUAUUCUUGAUUUGCAAGUGAGCCUUGGAAAGUAUCAUUCGUCAAAUGGAGCUGGAACAAGUGAAACUGGUACAUCUUGCACUGAAGAAGAAACAAGGGAAAAUAUACUAAAGAUAGAAAACUCUGCAGCUGGUUUAUUGUGCUGGCUAAAUUCUCAUCAUGCGACUCAAGGUUUAGAUUUGGGAUUUACCAAGGAUGUCUUGGGUAUUGUUGCUACUCUUGCCAGAGUUGAAGAUGAUAAUCUUAGCAGGCUUAUGUCAGAGUAUUUAGGAAUGGAGACCAUGCUAGCUAUUGUUUGUAGAACAUAUGAAGGCGUUAAGGCGUUGGAGAAGUACGAUGAGGAAGGCAAUAUAAAGAGCGACUCGAAGACUUGUCUACAUGGGGCUGAAUCUUCUGUGGGAAAGAAAAUAAAUGGUCGUUUUCUUGUCAUAUGUCUUGAAGAUUUGAGGCAAUAUGCUGGUGAUUUUGUAGCUGAUGACCCACAGAAGAAACUUGAUAUCCAGAAGCCAAAAUUACCAAAUGGGAAUUGCCCAGAUGGGUUUAUUGACUAUGCAGUGAACUUGGUUAAUUUGGAAAGUAGAAACCUUUCUUUCGUCACAACCAAUGGACAAGGUCUCAGGGAGACACUCUUCUACUGCCUCUUAUCUCGCCUGCAAAUCUACAAAACUAGAGCUGAGAUGUUACAGGCUUUCUCAUGCAUAACUGAUGGAGCCUUGUCUUUAGAUGGUGGGAUGAUCAAAAAGUCAGGUGCAUUUGCCCUCGGAAGUCGUAAGGAUGUAGAGGUGAAGUUUCCUUUAGCAUCUGGAAAAACGGAUGUACCUGCAGAAUACUUUGAAUGUGAAGAUAGACUCAGAAAGAUGAAAUGGGAACGAGCAAAUAUUGCUGCGGAUAUGAGGAGAGUACAAGAGUUAAUGAACUAUACAAAAGCCAACUGUAUAGGGCAAGAAUGAUUUUGUGACAGAACAUUGGGAAUCAAGCAAUGUAAUUCCAAUCAUCUUUUUUUCUGAAGAAGGUUUUACUUUUAACAUAUCUGAUGUAAGUUUGUUGCUUUGACAAAUCCAUGUCUGCACUCUAUAUUCGAUGUAUUAUCUUAACGCAAAGAGUCGUAUUUCAAUGACAAGGUACAGAUGGAAUUAAUUGCAUUAUCUUACAUAACAA